UCCCAACAGUAGCUGACUCUAGCUGUCAUUUCAGAGCUUUUUUCCCAUAAUGCAACUGUGGUUUGACGUUUGAAUUUGAAUUAUCGCCAACACGAGAUGUGAACAUUAUGCGCGCGUUUUUUUUACAGUUUGACGAUUCCCUGUCAUGAAUAAGUCGCUAAAUUUACAUUAUGCAUUAAACUAUAAUGAAACGUAGAGAAGCAGUCACCGACGAUGAAACCGAAAGCGAAAGUGUCGACGAGGAGAUUACGGAGAGCGAUGAAUCGCUGCCACCAAGCGCUAAAAAAGGACAAUUCCUCGGCAUACCUAGUUUUUCGCUUUCCUACAAGCAACUACCAAAGAAAUGCUUGAAAUUCUCCUUUCUAUGCAUUAAUGGCGCAACAUUUCUUUCAGGUAUCACAGCACUGGUGAUAUCGAUAUGGAUGUUGGCUGACAGUAAAUUAAUGUCUAGACUUGUGGGUCAGCGGCUAUUUGUAACGAUUUUACUCUUCGUCGGUCUCUUGACCUCCAUGGUAGCUUUUUUAGGAAUUAUAGCUAUAGUGAAAAAGAGAAAGAAGUUUUUAAUCAUCUACAUAUUAUGCCACAUUGCGUCGCUGUGCAUAAUUUUCAUUUGCGCUAUUAUGAGCUUCUCAUUUUUCGAUAAAAUUAUGAAGAAAAUACGCGAGGAUAUGCUCAACACGAUAGUUAACUACCACUCUCUUGACUGGGUUACUGAAGCCUGGGAUAAUACCCAUCAAUAUCUUCAAUGCUGUGGAAUCAGGUCCUACAAAGACUGGGCUAUUUAUCACAUGAACAUACCACAAAGCUGUUGCUCUUCGACAAUUGAGAAAUGUCUGUUAAUGAACAAGGACCUGGCCUAUAAAUCUGGUUGUUUGAAACGGGCUCUUAUUCUUCUGAAAUCCAAUGUCCAUGCGGUGGCGGUAUCCGCACUGUUCAUCGCAAUGAUUCUGGCUGCAGGUAUUUUUCUGGCAGUUGGAGUGUGCAAGAGGUACAAGUGGAACAGGCCUCCUACAGGAAGCAACAUGAAAUCGUGAAUUAUAAUGCAUAGGUCAACGUAAAUCACAAGUGAAAUACAAAUAAUGUAAAACGUUAUGUAUUUAUUAUCAUAUAUAGAUCAUAUAUUUUCU